AUGAUCCUCUACCCCGCCAGCCUAGACCAGCUCAUUAAUACCCGGCGCCAGUUCCACUCUAUCACUAUCCUUCCUCAUAUUCUCAACCCCCGAUUGAUAACAUCCCCAUCAGCUCAGCUGACAAAAUGUCCAACGAGAGAUAUUCUCAGCGACCCCUGCAGAUCCGUCAAAGUCGUCCGAGUAAAAGAGCGCUUCGCAGUCAAACUAGGCUUCUCCAUCGCACCACUAGAAGCAGAGAACAUGAAAUUCGUUGCUACUAACAGCAAAGUCCGCGUGCCAAAAGUCUACGAUGACUUUAUCGAUCCAGAGACCCAGAAACGGUACAUCAUCAUGGAAUAUAUCCCCGGUACCGAUCUGCAGAAGCUAGCACCAUCUCUUUCUGAAGACCAGAAGAAGAAAGUCAGCAAGCGUAUCAAGGAAGCACUUGAUGAACUGCGACGUAUUCCUUCUCAGGGGUACCUUGGGAACUUGAACAGCACACCUUACUACGAGGGCAUUCUCUCUACUCUUGAUCGUGACCCGAGCAUAUCUGGUCCCUUUGACAAUAAAGAACAGUUCAACCAGGGUAUAUUGAAAUGUCUAGGACGGAGGGAGUCGCAGCAUUACGUCCGCUUGCUUCAUCAAGCGAUUCAACGUACACUCAUAGGACAUAGGAUUGUCUUCACCCAUGCGGAUCUCCAGCCGAAGAAUGUCAUGGUUAAGGAACAGAAGGGGGUGUGUGAGGAUGGAAGUCCGGGUUAUCAGAUAACGAUUAUUGAUUGGGACUUGGCUGGCUGGUACCCUGAAUACUGGGACUAUUGUAAUUCGACGGUCUACUGCCAGGCGAAACCGGAGUGGCUUGAAUUGGUCCCGGAUGUCUUUGAUGAGUAUCCGGUGGAGUAUCUUAUGAUGCGGAUAUUCUACAUGUCAAUGUUUUAUUGA